GGGCGGCAGAAUCUUCUGUUGCGUUACUGCUGGCACAAGUUUAUUGAUACCAUACAGUUGUCGUAACACCUUUGUAAUGUCAUUGGACUUCAGCGGUACUCUUCCCAAAUACUACUUGUCCAAAAGUUUUGGCCAAGUCGAACAUUUUGUUGGCUGUUUUAGAUUUGUUUUCUGAAGGAAAAAUAAAGCUUAACCUAAUUAAUGAUAAAUAUACCGGAUUCAAUCCUAGAGCAAAUUUUUAUUUAUUUGAAUUGGAAUGAACGUUCACGAGCUGCUCGUGUGUGUAAAAAGUGGUAUAAUGUGUUUCAAUCUCCUGUUUUGUGGAGGAAAAUCGUUUUUAAGCCACCGUGUCGUCGACUAACAAAACUUCAGUAUGAUAUUAAAGGCUAUCGUUUGUCUUGUUGCUUAAAGGCGAUUGGUUGCCAUAUUCGCAACUAUAAGUUUUUGAAAACUGAUGACUUGUUCCUACUUAAUCGAACGUUAAACCUUGUUGCAAAGUUUCUUGAAUACAGUUUCAAAUUAGAUGGACAGAAGAAUGAACCUAAUAAUGCCUGCGAUUUAGAUGGCAAUGAAUAUAGUGACCUACCUAAAGAAAUCGAAAAUUUAUCAUAUGGAAAUCUGAACCGUAAUGUAAUGCGUGAAACAGACUAUGGACUUGCUGGUUUCAUUAUUGAAGGUGAUCCAGAUGCCGAAGCUACUCUCAGGUUAAUAUUUGAGCUGCAAGAGCAUGAAAUUCAGAACUUUUCAUCUGAUUUAUCCUCUGAAAAUAGUCAAGCUGAUUUAUUCAAUGAUUUAGAGCAAUUUCAAUCGCAUAGAAUGCCCUCCAUUAGCUAUCCUCCAUCUCAUCGUUAUGAUUGUAGCAGCUUCAAACGCAGUAAAAGCUCUCAGUAUCCCUCAUCUGUGUCAAAUUUCUCACCUUUUCACCACCCACCUAUUGUUCAUUCUUUUGAAUUGGAUUUUAAUUCUGAAGUCGAUGAUUUGCGUGGUCUUGUUUAUGGAACUGGAGGUGCAUUACUGAGAACGAUUAGCCGAGUGGUACGUCAGUUAAGUGAGCUUCAUCGUCUCCACCUAGUGGAUCUUUUUCUUGUUUCCGAUGACGCCAGACAGUUAGUUUGUGAAAUAAGUGAUGUUGCUUCACAUUGUCUAAAUGAUCUCAAUCUUGUUCACUUCCAUAAGUCAUCUGUCAAUCCAAUAACCGCACAUCAUCGUGAGUACAUCCCAGGUUUUGCAAAUUUAGUCUCUGAUGAACAUCAAACUACUAACAAUGUUUCAAAUAACAAUAGCCACCAAUGUUUCAAUGAAGAUUGGUACCUUUUGGAUCCUCGUUGGCUUAGUGCUCGAUCUCAACGGACCAGCGAUAAUCCUUUGUGUGAUUUGUCUAGUCUUUUCCCUAAAAUUAUACGUCUUACUUUGAGUCCAACUCAGUUAACCGGUUCAAUGCUUCUUCGACUUUUAUAUCAAACUUCGUUGCAUCAAUUAUCUUUAAUUCAAACUGAUUCGACUGUAUUUACCAUACCUCGUUCUGAAAAUCCUCCUGUUCAACGAACUAUUUCAUAUGAUUCUGAUGAUUUAUAUAUGGGAUUUAAUGAAGAUCAAAGUUUUGAUCCUAGUGAUUCAAGUAUGCUGGAUUUGAUUGAUUGGACUGAAGAUGUUCCACGUAUUCGUAGAUAUGGAACUAAUCAAGAUACAACAUCUGGUUGGAAACCGAUACCUUCAAACGUGUGGCGUGCUGCUCUUAUUCUAUGUCCACAUCUUACCAUUCAUUUAAAGUUGGAGUUAGUUGAAGAUUUAACUUGUUUACGGUGGAAAAGUCCUUCAUCAUCUGAUAAAUUCAAUUCAAUUCAUAAUUUACUGUCCUAUUGGCCUGUUCCUCCUGCACCGGUCACUUCAAUCACAUUGAUUCUAACUGGAGAACCUGCAUUUAUGGCUGGUUUAUUAAGUCCACAAAAUACAAUCAAUCCUAUAUCUUAUUCACAAUCACUUACAUCAUUGAUAAUAUUAUUGGAAGUAUGCAAUUUUUAUUCUUUAAUGAUUUAUCCGAACACUCAUUAUUCGUAUUUUUAUAUUUUGACUAAAUAAUAGUAUGGGUGAAAUAAUGGCUUGUUAAUUAAAAUGUGGCUUUUGAUCACUAGAUUAUAUUUUAUUACCCCACAACAUCUACCUCUUUGAAUAGAGCGAUAGUGUCACUUGAAGUCAAGCAAACGAUAAUAUACCUUCUGAAUUGAAUAUAUCUGGUUCAGUUAAACAAUUGAAUGAAUCAUGUAAAGAUAAUCAUUCAUAUGGAUUAGAUCAUGUUCUACAAGAUUUGGUUAAAGCCUGUCCACAUCUUAAUCUACUAGCUCUUGGUGGUUCAAGUGCUUAUGUGCAUAUUUUAACCUUAUUGGUAAUAUGUCGUCAAAGAAAUCAAUGUUGUAAUUCUAUGAAUGAAUGUAAAUAUAGUCCAUUACAAUUAGUUAUCCAAAAAGAAUGUUGUCAGUUAGAUGGUGUUUGUCCAUUAACUGUUCCAGCUACAAUAUCUACAUGGUAUAGUACAAUGAUGACUGAAUCGAUAUCGUCUAGAUUAAGAAUAGCAGAGUGUUGCAUUUGUACUGCAUUAGGUCAACGUCGAUGGCAUUUUUUAACAAAUUCAGAAUUUCAUAAUCAACUUAGUAAUUAUUUGUUAUAAGUUGUUUAUUUACUUAAUAUCUAUUAAUGAGUUGUUUUUCCUUUUGUUAAACAAUGAUUUCCCCUAUCCUACUCAUCAUUUCUAGAUUAUUUGAAUUUCUCCAUUUUUUUCGUUUGCAUCCCUUUACUUGUACCUUCCUGUUUUGCUUAUCCCUAGUCUUUCAUGAACCAUCUUUGAAUUUUUUUUAAAACAGACACUAAUAGAAUGAUAUUUACAUGAAUGGGAUAAUUUUUAAAUUUAUCCUAAGUGUAUAAGGAAAAUUUAAUGUUAUCACUAAAUAUUAUUGAAUUAAUUUGUCAAUUACAUUGUAAUUGGAUUUUUGCAUUUAUUUUUACCUUUGUGCCUUCCUUUUUGGUAGAUUUUAUCUUUAAUUUAAUUAUAUAUUAUGAUUUCAGUCUGAAUAUUUAUGCUUAUCAAAAAGAAAAUUGUAUUGUGGUUUUCUGUUCUUCAAAAUUAUUUCCACUUACCCACCUACAUACGUACGAAUCUAUAACAAUGAGCUGUGUAGUAAUUACAAUAGAUCAAUUGAAUUUAAGGUAGUUUUGUACUGUAUGAAUAAACCAGAAAGAAUGUACUAACUAAAUUGAGAAUUCGAAUAGUAAUAUUGAAUUUCCUUUGUAUU